UAAGACAGAGACGUCUUCAGUUCCCUCCGUUUCAGGUCACUUCCUACUUCAUUCCAUCUAGGUUUGGUGUCUUUGAUUUUUAUUUUGCUUGUGUUUAUGCAUUUUACUCAUCGUUUUGGUCCAAAUCAUGCAUUACCCUUCUGAGUCAAUCUGUUUUGUUAAUUGAACUUAGAUAAUUGAUGGUCAGGUUACUUUUACAUCUUGUUUGUAGAUGAUUGAUCUUAGGCUUGUGAUAUUUCUGAGUUUAGGGAACUGAAUUCAGUCUCUUUUGCUAGAAAUAAGUGUGUUGAUUUCAUUGUUGCACACCUUUUCUUUUAUAAUUUCUUUUACAAUGAUGUUUCUUCUCUUCUUGUGAGUGAGUCAAUGAUGAGUCGUCAAUCAAUUCCUAUUGGAAGUACGUCGCCGGCAACAGUAAAAAUGGUACACACUGAAACCCUCCAUUUCAUUUUAUUUACUUGAAUUGUGGCUGGAAAAUUUGUUGAUCUAAAAGUUACAGCUCUUUAUGUAUAUUCUUAUAAGUGAGCUCAUUACUUCAAAUUUAUUUUCGGGAUCCAAACACCAUACCUUCUUCAAAUUUUCCCCAUCCUCCACCUGUAUCUCAUGGUCCUUAUUAGGGAAUCAAAAGCUUGCAAUCUUCUCCACCUUCGUCCACUUCACAAGAUAUGAUCACAAACAAUGAUAAUGUUCAGGAAUUUAAACCUGUAGUUGGUGGUCUAUCCCAACCAUUACGUCCAAUAGGCCUGUGGCAGAAAGUGCGAGUAUUUUGAAUAAUAUCUCUCAAAUACGGCAAGCUAUGGACUCUGCUAAUCUUAACACCGCAAAUUCUAUGAGUCUUCAACCCAUGGGCGCGACUCCACUGGUCAUGCAUAUGCCAAACGUGAUAUCCAGUCGAAUGACAUCAAUUGCUUUGCUCCUCCGCGAAAAUGUAUUCUCAUCCGGAGAUAUGCAACUAUCACCUGGACAUGAUAAAUAUGUGAAAGUCUGGGAAGGACAAGGACAACCUGUGGUUAUCAUUAUACUCGAAGUACGAUUUCUGGGGUACACGCUUGCAUCAGUAUCAAAGACUAAGCCGACGAAGCAUAAUCCACUUUAUCAUAUUUGCAUUAUGCCAAAUGGUUACGUUGUUGAAAUGAAAAUGAAAUCAAUCCUUACCCUUGGAGUUGGAUGUAGAUGUCCUUCAGUUCUUUAUAUGGAUGUCAAAAGGGAGGUUGGGCUUGCCGCUUAAAAAAUAACAAAGAUCAACCCAUUGUUUUACUUGGCUGGUCUACGGAUUAGGAGCAAAGGGAUGCUAUUGUCGUUGAGGUCAUCUGCAGUUUCAAGGGAUUAUAGUUAGGGCUUGUUGCAGCAACAAGUCUCAUGCUUGUGUAUAAUGGUGUUUGCAUUGGGUUGCAUCGACUGGAAGUAUGGAAGCUUCAAGUGAAGAGAACCUUGAUUUGGCUCAAGAGGAUGACAAUGAAACUAAUAUCCAAUUUGAAUAACAUUUAAACUCUUGAUCUGUCCUUGAUACUCUCUUAUUUUUUUGGAUAACAUUGUGAAUGGAUUUGACAAUGCUGGUAUUUACGUGGUCUAUCAAUCAUUUUCU